CUUGGAGAUGUUCAUGGCUACCUGACUGUAUUUGUACUCUAAUGGAGAUCUGAAGUGGAUGUGAAUAUGGAUGCAGAACACAAAGGCUGUUUCAGAUCGACAAGACAUUAAUGAAUGGGACACAGCAGCGUCUGCCGGCAGUACUGCGCGAUGUGACAGGAUGCUGAACCAUCACUGCAGAAGGAACCCAGAGCUGCAGGAGGAGCUGCAGAUCCAGGCAGCGGUGGCGGCGGGCGAUGUUUACACCGUCCGCAAGAUGCUGGAGCAGGGCUACUCGCCCAAGAUCAGAGACGCCAACGGCUGGACGCUGCUGCACUUCUCUGCAGCAAAGGGCAAGGAGCGCUGCGUGCGCGUCUUCCUCGAGCAUGGAGCGGAUCCCACCGUGAAAGACUUCAUUGGAGGCUUCACCGCUCUGCAUUACGCUGCCAUGCAUGGCCGCGCCCGCAUCGCCCGCCUCAUGCUGGAGUCUGAGUACCGCAGCGACAUCAUCAACGCCAAGAGCAACGACGGCUGGACACCUCUGCAUGUGGCCGCUCAUUACGGCCGCGACUCCUUUGUGCGGCUCCUCCUGGAGUUCAAAGCCGAGGUGGAUCCUCUCAGCGACAAAGGCACCACGCCGCUCCAGCUCGCCAUCAUCCGCGAGCGCUCCAGCUGCGUGCGCAUCCUGCUGGAUCACAACGCUAACAUCGACAUCCAGAACGGCUUCCUGCUUCGCUACGCCGUCAUUAAGGGCAACCACUCGUACUGCCGCAUGUUCUUGCAGCGCGGGGCCGACACUAACCUGGGCCGGCUGGAGGACGGGCAGACGCCGCUGCACCUGUCGGCCCUCAGAGACGAUGUGCAGUGCGCGCAGAUGCUCUACACGUACGGAGCUGACACCAACAUGAGGAACUACGAGGGCCAGACGCCGGUCGCCGUUUCUGUUAGCAUGUCUGACAACAGCCGGCCCUGUCUGGACUUCCUGCAGGAGGUCACAAGGCAGCCCAGGACACUGCAGGAUCUGUGCAGGAUAAAGAUCCGGCAGUGCAUCGGCCUGCAGAGCCUGAAGCUCCUGGAAGAUCUACCCAUCGCCAAGGUCAUGAAGGACUACCUUAAACACAGGUUCGACAACGUUUGACACAAGCCCACAAGACUCCUCCUGUAGGUUCCUUUAAGACUCUAUGCAAACUCUCUUUUUCACUUCUACACAAACAAAAAAGCUCGGGGAGCAGGCGCAGCGUUUUGUACAAGCCCAGUGGAAAUGAUGCAGAGAAACGACUGUAAUGGCAACGGUGAUUCAAUUCUUAACGUGCAUGUUUGGAGAAAUCCUUGACCUGUGAGAUGAUGUUUGAUUUGUACCAAAAACCUCCUUUUUUCAUUUUUUUUGUCCUUAAAUCAACUAAAUUUUCAAUUGUCUAAAUUCUCCGAUUGAUAAAAAGUCUUUUAGACUAAUUGCUGAUCAUUUAAACUCAUAUUUUUGUAUGCAUGCCAUUUUUUUGUGUGUGUGUGCUGGAGAUUUAACGUUUAUUCAUCCUUCAUAUUAAGUUAUUUAAUCCAAUUUGUUCAUAUUACAAAAA